AUGGCAGCAGCACCUCGACAACGAAUUCGUGGGGCGUCCUUUAAGCAAGAAUACCAAUCUGCGGCGACAAGAAGAACUCGUCAAAGAGCGCCCUCAAUGAAUCAAGAACUUAACUGUAAAUGGGUUCUUCCUGCACAAGAUCCUAUGUAUGAGGGUAAAUUGACACUAGCUCUUGAUCUUGAUGAAACCCUGGUUUAUGCUCGUGAGGGACCUCUUUAUGCUCGGCCAGGGCUAGAUGAGUUCUUCAAGACAUGUAAAGAAAAAUGUGUUGAAGUUGUUGUAUGGACAGCCGGUCUCAAAGCAUAUGCACAAGCUAUUAUAAGAAAUAUUGAUAAAGAUCGAGUUGUCAGUCACUGCAUUUACCGUCACAGUAAAUGGUUUACCGGAUAUGCAGGAUAUCAAAAAGACCUAGCUGCCCUUGGAAGACCUCUUGACCGAGUACUUAUUAUUGAAAAUACUCCUGAUUGCAUUCGAGGAUACCAACAAAAUGGUAUUCUUGUAGAAGAUUACGAAGGAGGUGAAAGUGCUGAUAAUACUAUUCCUGCUCUUAUAGACCUUAUUCGAAACUUGUGUGAUAGUUCAAUGACUGUACCCCAAUUUAUUGCAACUUGCCCAAUGCUUAAACGUGGUCCAAUUCAAACUGAUCUUGGAGACUACAUUGACGUUUAUCGAUUGGAUGUUGCUGUUUGGAAACCAGGUGAACAUGUUCGUAUAAAUCGCGAUUUAAGGGGUUUGAAUUCGCGAACAUCCCAAUCAGUUAAUGAAAACGACAGUAAGGUCCCAGGAACUGACGCCAUUAACAAAAGGUGA